AUGUGUGAGCGGGAAAAAGUCUUGUCUGAACGGAGCGCUGCAAGCGCAGCGCUACUUCGUAGGGAAGAUCUCGCUGCAGAGCUUCGUGACUAUGCCCGUGCGAACGACGAGGCAGGUGUGCGGGAUCUGCUCAGCGAGAGCGUGUGGCCAGACCCGAGCGACCGCAUCGCGUUCGUGAAUACCGCCGAUGAGCAUACUGGAAACACGGCACUUCAUAUGGCGAGUGCGAACGGCCACACCGAGGUCGUUCGGUUGUUGCUCGAGGCCGGGGCUGACCCAGCUGCGCAAAACGAGGCGGGGAAUACGCCCCUACACUGGGCGAGUAUGAACCAGCAAGUGCAGUGCGUUGAGGUUCUUUUAGGUGCGCUUCGGCAAACAGGCGCGAGUCCGUUUGUUUUAAAUAAGAGUGGACGCAGUGCCUACGACGAAGCAGUGCUGGUCGGUUGCCGGCAAGUUACAGCGAUGCUCAUGCGCUUCGCCGAAGAACACCCGUCGCAAGCGAGUGCAGACGCCUAUUUCAACGAAACGACUGCAGAGACCCAGUGA